UCGCCCCCUUACCUUCAUGGCCAAGUAGCCCCCCCUCUCCCAGCCUUAAUUGCCCCGCUGCCUUUUCUGGAGGGGGGGCAGGAGGAGGAGGUUGCAAAGGGGGUGUCGCAGCCCCCCCCACUUUCCCCCCCUUGCACCCCGAAAAGACGACGGCCAUCACCACGACGCCCCCCUCCCCAGCCAUGGCGUUCACCUUCGCCGCCUUUUGCUACAUGUUGACUUUGGUCCUCUGCGCCUCGCUGAUCUUCUUCGUCAUCUGGCAUAUAAUCGCCUUUGACGAACUGCACAUGGAUUUCAAAAACCCCAUUGACCAAGGCAAUCCAGCCCGGGCCAGGGAGCGGUUGAAAAACAUCGAGCGGAUCUGUUGCCUUUUGCGAAAGCUGGUGGUUCCAGAAUAUUCCAUCCAUGGCCUUUUCUGCCUGAUGUUUCUCUGUGCGGCAGAGUGGGUGACCUUGGGGCUUAACAUCCCCCUGCUUUUCUACCAUUUGUGGAGGUAUUUUCACCGCCCAGCAGACGGCUCGGAGGUGAUGUACGACGCCGUCUCCAUUAUGAACGCCGACAUCUUGAACUACUGCCAGAAAGAGUCGUGGUGCAAACUGGCCUUUUAUCUCUUAUCCUUCUUUUAUUACCUGUACAGUAUGGUUUAUACAUUGGUGAGUUUCUAAUGGCGCCGACCCGAAGGAAUGGACCGUCCCUCGCCUGGUUCCGGACGACUUCUCCAGGAUGACGCCCCUACCUGGACUACCUGGAGCGACGUGCUACAACUCUGGUGGGGUGGGACGGACCCCCUUCUCAAUGUCUGAAGCCAAUAACACUGCAAAAAGGAAAGGGGGAAAAAAAUCAACUUUCUUCUCCUGGCUGCCUUGGACUCUUAAUACGCUUCUGCCUCAUACUGGAUUUAGGGGAACGGAGUUGGGGGGAUGGAUCCUGCCCCACCACUUCCAUUUCACGCCCAGGAAUAAGAUCCUACAUUUAGGAAAAUAAACCUCGCGGCCUGUCUCUCAGCGGACAACCCCCCCCUCCUUUUGCACCCCCUGCGAAGAACAGCCAAGAUUGUAUUUUGUGGUGAGGUGUCUGCGCCUCUGGAUCGCUUCCGCGCAGACAACCGAACAAGGUUUAUUUCACUCCGGCAGGCAUUGGGGCGAUUCUCGUUGACUUUGUGAGAUUUUUUUAAAAGGCUUUUU